GCCAGUCUCGCUCAUGUGACCACCACAGCUCCCUGUCCUGCUCCAUCCUAGGCCUGGAUAGGCACUUCCAGGGGUUCCUUCUGCGAGUGGCAACAGCACACUGCCAGGCGUGGAGAGGUUAAUCAGUGACAGGAAGCUGCCUCUUUGGGAGCAGUAACUGGCUGUGGUACGGACAGAUUCUGCAAGGCCAGCCCUAGGAGUGUCCAGCUCCCUGCCUGCUGCUCACCCGCCUGCUGGUGACAUGGGACACCUUGGGGCCCUCCUCUUCCUGCUGGGGGCCCUGGGGGCUCUCGCCGAUGUCUGCAACAUACCCCAGGUGGACAGCAAGCUGUUGCAGAAUCUGGGUCAGCGCCUCUUGCCCUGGAUGGACCAGCUCUCUCCAGAGCACCUGAACCCCAGUAUCUACGUGGGCCUACGCCUCUCCAGCCUGGAGGCCAGCACCGUGGAGGCCUUCUACCUGCACAGCCUCAAGCUCAAUUACCAGCAGAGCCUCCUGGGCGAUGACAACAGUGAUCUCCAGGCCAAGCCCUCCAUGGGCCAGCUGGCUCUCUACAUGCUCGCUGUCAGGGCCAACUGCGAGUUUGUUGGAGGCCACAAGGGGGACAGGCUGGUUUCACAUCUGAAACGGUUCCUGGAGGAUGAGAAGAAAGCCAUCGGGCACACUCACAAAGGCCAGCCCCACACCAGCUAUUACCAGUACGGCCUGAGCAUUCUGGCCCUCUGUGUCCACCAGAAGCGGGUCCAUGACAGCGUGGUUGGCAAGCUCCUGUAUGCUGUGGAACACAUCCACCAUCUUCAACAGGACCACCUUUCUGUGGACACAAUGGCCAUGGCAGGCUUGGCCUUCAUCUGUCUGGAGCGCUCCAACCUCAACCCCAACCUGAGAAGCCGCAUCACCCCGGCCAUCAGGACAUUGCAAGAGGAUAUCUUGAAGGCCCAGACCCCAGAGGGCCACUUUGGGAAUGUCUAUAGCACCCCUCUCGCACUGCAGCUGCUGGUGACCUCCCCUAUUUCUGGGGUGAAGCUGCGAAGAGCAUGCCUCAACGCGAGGGCUGCUCUGUUGGCCAGCCUGCAGGAUGGGGCCUUCCAGAAUGCUCUCAUGAUUUCCCAGCUACUGCCUGCCCUGAACCACAAGAGCUAUGUGGAUCUUAUCUCCCCAGACUGCCUGGCACCAAGAGUUAUGUUGGAACCAGCAACAGUGACCUCCUCACAGACGCCAGUCCCAGAGGUCAUCCAUGUCAUGCUGACGGUCCCCAGUGUCUGGCCAAGAUACACACACUCCAUCUCUGUCCCUGCUGGGUCCUCCUUGGAAGAUGUCCUGAAGAAGGCCCAGGAGCUUGGAGGAUUCAUGUAUGGAACACAGGCCUCCUUGUCAGGCCCUUACCUGACCUCCGUGAUGGGGAAAGAAGUGGGAGAGCGCGAGUUCUGGCAACUUCUCCGAGCCCCCGACACCCCGCUGCAGCAAGGGAUUGCUGACUACAGACCCAAGGAUGGAGAAAUCAUCGAGCUGAGGCUGGUUACCUGGUAGCCCCCAGCUUACCUACCUCAGCCUCCUUGAACAACCUCUGCACUUCUGUCCUCUGUCCAGAUGUCACUGAAACAGGCACAAGCCUGACCCUGCCACCACCUCACGUGCACUUAGAACAACGUCCUUGGACCGCCCAACCACCACCCCUGCAAGGCUCCUAAGCCACUGCCCACCUGGGAGAAGGGAGCCAAGCAGCUUCCCCAGCAUGUCUGUCUGCCUGGGUCUGGCCCAGCCUGGCCCUAAGACAGCCCGUGAAGGACACCCAUAGUCUGGAGGGCAUGAAGCAUCUCAGACUCCUUAGCAUAAGAAGUCUGCUGGCCACUGGCAUUGAGUACCACCUGUUCUGAGAUUAGGGUCCUACAAGGAGACCUGUAUGGCCCAGGGGCCGCAGCCCCAAGCCUGCCUCUCCAGUCCAUUGUCAGGGCAGCGGCCGCAGAGCUAGAGCUAUGGCCUAGCGGCCAGCAAGGGCCCUGCGGGGCUGCUCCAAGCCUACCUUCAAAAUGAUUAAAGUG